CUCUGCGCCCGGCACUGCCGGGGCCGCCACGUGAUCCUGCCGCCAUUUUUCUUUCUGGCGGACGCUCCGGGCGGCGGCGUCCCUGCCCUACUGCGCAGGCGCGUGCGAGGCGCGCUGCCGGCCAUCGUGGGCGCCUUCCUGCCAGGGUGGGCCGCAGCAGCAUGGCGUCUGUGCUUGUGCGGAAGGUGCUGGUGUCAGCCCUGAGCCCGCUGCUCCGGCUGAGCCCGCACCUGGCGAUGCCCCGAGCUGUCUCCACUCUCCUGCCCGGACCCUUUCGCUCUGUCGGUGCCACUGGUACGAAGUCCACGGUGUGGGGGCUCAUGGGCCCCUUGCCCCUGCCCGGCCCCCUGCUGCCAGGCCUGCAGCCUGCCCUGGGGUUCAAGACCAAGGGUGUCAUCAAGGAGCGCUGCCGGGACUGUUACCGCGUGAAGAGGCGAGGGCGCUGGUACAUCUACUGCAAGACCAACCCAAAGCACAAGCAGCGACAGAUGUAGUUCCGGUCGCUAAAAUAACGUGCAAAGCUGCAUCACUUCUUGGAGAAAUGGUACCACCUACUGAAAGAAAAAUAAAAUUUACACGCGGCCUAA